AUGGAAAUAGGCCAGGCUUUCCAUUGGCGAUGGUUUGGAACACGUGCUCGCCUUGCACCGCUGAAGAAAAUAAUGGAAUUCAGACAGGGACCAUUUUCAGCUCUUCGACCACCAGAUGCCCCAAAACCACCGGAAGUCCUUCCUCUGCCCGCCAAAGUAAGAAUAGCUCAAGCUGACGCCAUUGAGGCUGUAUCAUGCAGGCAUUUGUUUAUCAUGCAAAAUAUUUCAAUAUCCUCUGUCGCUCUACACAAGCUCAAAUUGAAAAUAAACGAAAUAUCUGCCUUCAAAAUCAAAAUGAUUCCGCCUGCAAUUCUCACCAAGGCUCUUUGGAAUGAUUCGCCAAAAACGAAGGAGCAGGAUUUAUCUUGGAUUGCUGGGCCUACGUUUGUUGCAUAUGGCAAUGAAACGAACCCUUUGAAAGCGAGGUCUACUCUUCUUGCACUUAAAGCGGAGCCAUUUGUUGCCGUACUUGGAGGUCGGUUUGAGGAAACUCUUUUUACACACGAAGGUCUGAAUGACUUAUUUCAAAAGCUUCCAGGCUCAAAAGAACCUUUACAUUUAGAGCUUGUUUCGCUUCUUACCGGAGCGCCAUAUUGCUUUACUGACGUCCUUUCAUCGCCACCUAUGGCGCUUUUUUGUACACUAAAGAGACUCGAAACUCAACUAACAAAUAAAGAAAUUUAA